AUGAAUCUUCGAGAUCUCUCCUCAUUUCCCUGUUUACUCUCAAUAUUAUUGCCCACAGUGCUCUCACAAGGAGUCACAAGUUCCGAUGGAUUCAUUGAGAAGUUGUUAGCCGAAAAUCGGAAUCCAUUACAGGAAUAUAUGGGCGGUGGUUUAUUUGAAUGUUCGAUUGCUUACAUGCGAAUGAUGACACAAAUCAAUGCACAUUUGAGACUGAGUACACAAGAAAAGAAAGAACUUUUCGAUUCAUCGAAUGAGUCGCCAAUGAAUCGAGCACUUUCACAACAAUUCCCAGUUGAGCACAUGGUGCCCGUCGAAUUGUCAGCGAAAUUGAUGGACAUAAUGGACAGUUGUGAUCGAUUGCUUUUGCUGAAAAUGGCCACAGUGAAAAGUGGAGGAGGGAAUGAAGGAGAAUUGAGCAAACUAUUGCUCAAAUUCCACGAGACAGCGCACACCGAGAAACGACGACGG